CCCAUUUCUCUGUGUAAUGAACACUGCCAGCCUGGUCAUCGGAAGAAAAGGAAGGAAGGUGAAACGUUUUGCUGCUAUGAUUGCGUGCCAUGCUCAGAGGGGAAGAUAUCAAACCAGACAGAUAUGGACGACUGUUUCCAAUGUCCAGAAGAUCAGUAUCCAAGAAAGAAUAAAAUUGGAUGCAUCCCGAAAACUAUACAUUUUCUAUCUUAUGAAGAACCUUUAGGGGUCACUUUAGCCUCUGCUUCUGUUUCUUUCACCCUCAUCACAAUAUUAGUGCUAGGAACCUUUAUUAAGUACAAACAAACCCCCAUAGUCAAAGCCAACAAUCGGGACCUCACUUACACUCUCCUUGUCUCCCUCCUGCUCUGCUUCCUCGAUUCCUUACUAUUCUUGGGCAAACCUGGAAAAGUGACCUGCCUUCUCCGACAACCCAUUUUUGGCAUCAUCUUCUCAGUGGCUGUUUCUUGUGUGCUGGCAAAGACCACCAUUGUUUGUCUAGCAUUCAUGGCCACUAAACCUGGUUCAAGAAUGAAGAAGUGGGUGGGGAAAAAAGUAUCCCAUUCAAUUGUCCUGUGCUCCUCAGUUGUUCAAAUAUAUAUUUGCACUGUGUGGCUCUCAACCUCUCCCCCAUUCCCCAAUGUAGACAUGCAGCUGUCAAAUAAAGAAAUCAUUGUGCAAUGCAAUGAAGGGUCAGUCAUCAUGUUUUAUUUAGUUCUAGGCUACAUAGGUCUCUUGGCAAUCACCAGCUUCAUUGUGGCAUUCAUUGCACGCAAGUUACCUGAUAGUUUUAAUGAAGCCAAGUUCAUUACCUUCAGCAUGCUGGUGUUUUGCAGUGUUUGGCUGUCCUUUCUUCCAACUUACCUGAGCACCAGAGGAAAAUACAUGGUGGCGGUGGAGAUCUUCUCCAUCUUGGCCUCCAGUGCUGGGAUACUGGGUUGCAUUUUUUGCCCUAAAUGCUACAUUAUUGUGCUGAGGCCUGAGCUGAACAACAGGGAGCAUGUAAUGAGGAGAAAGUGUUAA